AUGAUUUCUCUCGCAGUCAAAGGCCCGUUCCUGGGCUGUUGGUUGCUAGCCAGCUUAGCCUUGGGCUCGCCUGACUAUUCUUCGCUCGGCGGCGCCCAGCCUGGUACACUUUCCAGCUCUGUGGCAGAUGCCUGCAAGGCCGAGUCUACCAAAACUGUCUUCGUCACUCUGAGCUCCGCUGGCAAGCAAUCAUCAACCGCUUCAAGCAUCAAUGGAGAAAACGUCGAAACAACCACCAUCAUUGUGUCUCCUGUUCAAUCCCACGCCAAGUCUGAUUCAACUGUCGAUGCCGUGACAACUGACUCUGCUCCGGCCUAUGAACCCGCCACGAAAACCUCGAGCCACUCGAAGGCUGGUGAUCCUGCAUCUGGACUUUCUUCAGUAGAGGAUACUUCCACAAUUUCACGUACAAUCCUGGCUACUCACACUAUUACUCUCACCGUUGCAUCCGGCAAGGGCCCUACUUCCACCGAAAGUGGUGUUCCAUCAGAUGUCAAAGGCACUGGAGUUGCAUCGGCUGUGACCGAGACCCCUUCAAAUAUCGCAACCUGUAUCACACAUACUGUUAUUGGCCCUGAUGGACAUCCUACCGUCGUUGAAUCGAUAAUCAUCACAGAGCCAGCCAAAACUUCUGUGUCGGCGGUUCUGGGAACCGCAAUCCCAGCCAAUUCAGCCUCGGCCACUGCUCCUGGUAUUCCGGUCCCCUCGUAUAGCGGUAGCAUUACCUCCGGCUUGCCCGUUCAUACCAGCUUCACUGCUAUUGGUCCCGAUGGCUCCUCAACUAUCAUUGACACGACAUGGAUCAUUCCCGUUCCCCCUACUUCAGUCAUGUCUGGCCUCAACCCGCUUCCAUCAGGAGUCAUCUCUUCGGGGAGAAUAGUCUCCGGUCUUUCUUCAAACGCUGCCUCUCAAACAACUGCAGAGAGCCCAGUGACUUCUGUCAUGGGCACUCCAACCUGCACCACCGUCACAGUAGUAGGGCCUGACAUGCGUCCAACCGUCACGGAGCUAACAAUUAUCGCUCCGACGGGUGCCUCAGCUGUCACAGCUUCCACUCUGACGCGUCCCCCGUUCGUGGCCCCAGCUUCUAUAACAAAUCUUGCCAGCCAGCCACCUAUUACAAGCAACAGCGUGGUGACUACCAUUACAUGGAAGGUCAUUGGUGCCGAUGGUACUGUUUCCCCAAUCAUUCAAACCAUCACCGCUCCUUCAGGCUCGGUUAUUUCUGGAAUUCCUGCCACGCUCCCUGCACCUGUUACUGCCAACCUCCCGCAGCCUGCCGCAACGGGAUAUUCAGGAAGCGUGCCGCUUCUCACACCCUACGGUACUGUCAGAGCCACCGGCGAAAUCUCAUCAAGCGUUGGUUCUAUUGUUUCUGGUUUGGGAUCAAUGCCUACUAUUGUCCCUGCUCCAACUGGGUUGGGAGUGUCUUCUGUCAUCUCCGAAGAGCCUCCAGCAUACAGUGUCGACAGCGGUUUGCCUCCUCCUAUGAACACUAUUGGCACAUCUUCCGCUCAGCACGGUACAAGCUCUUUAGACAGUGAUUGGAUUUCCUCUAUUCUUUAUGGCUCUCUACCCGCACCCACGCCUCCAAGCACCCCCUUGCCUGAAACCCCAGUACCCGGCACUCCGUUUCCAGGAACACCUGAGCCUAUUCCUGCAUCUACAGUUGGGCCUAUUCCCGUGCCUACACCCGAAUCUUCACUCGAGCCUAUUCCUGUGCCUACAGCUGAGCCUACUCCCUUUCCCACACCCGAGCCCACGCCCGAGCCGAUGCCAACGCCCGUCACGCCAGCCACUCCAGAGGCAGUGACGACACUUGUGACCAGCACAUGGACCAACGUGAUCCCUGAGCAGACCACAACUUACGUUAUCAAGUUUCCGUUGACUACACUAGCCACUAUCACAGUUCCGCGUGGGCCACCCCUUCGCAAAAGACUCCUGAGGAGACAAAGCUCUGUCGAAACUUUGUUUCCUUUCUCGAACUCGAGCAGCACUCCAUCUCCCUUUACCGAAAAUACGUCGUUGAUUUCAAGUCUUUCGUCACAAUUGGUGACCCCGAGUUCAACUCCGCCACCGCCAACAAACACCAUCCCAACAAGCACUAUUCCAACCAGCACAAUCCCCACUACCCCUGCAAACACGCCGGUAGCAGAGCCGUCUUCAACUGUUUGCGCUUCUGGAGGCGAUAGAGUUGGCAAUUCAACUGUGACCUUCGAUAACUUGCUGCCUGGACCUCUCUUGAAUCCCGCCAGCGACUUGUGGUUCUCAGAAGGCUUCCUUGUGGCACCUCCCUCUUCACCUCCAUCAACUGCCUAUUUUUCCUCAUCGGGUCAUCAACUCGUGGAGUUUUUGCCACCGGCAUUGGUCCCAGAUGCUCCUUUCGAUGGAGCUGGCGAUACAGCUGAAAUCGGUAUCGGUCCAAACGAGAUCUCCCCCUGCUUCCGCUUCAACUUCUACGGGGCCAGCCUUGGCUGUGCUGCCGAGGGGGUAGAGCAAUGGUGCGAGUUUGAGUUCUCAGCAUACACGUAUAAUGAGACUUUGGGUUCUGAGACUUCACUUUCCUGGUCAGAGACAAAGCGAGUACCUGCUUGCCCCAACUUUCCUCAAGGCCCAUGCCCACUGAUCCCUGUUCAGCUUGAUGGGUACAACAAUGUUACCUCCAUUCUGGUCACGGUCCGUGUUGGGCUUGAACUCCGAGCUUGGUGGGGUGAUGACUUUCAGAUUGGCUGGACGGACAACACUUGUGAAGCUGCAUCCUGCCGUACUAGUGCCGUUUCCCGCCGUGCUAAACGAGAGGCGUUCAGCCGAGCUUCGCGCCGAGGUGUUUGGCAAUGGACCCCAACUGGCGUCAAGAAGAUUGAUGAUGACUACGUUUGGUCCUCGUUCGAAUAA